AUGGAAGCUCUGCCACGCCUUGCCCAGCAUGGGCUGCGUAUGAGGGCACAUAUCGUGCCUUUGCGAGCCUCGACGAAUGCUUUCCGGUCUGCGGCAACUAGAUCAGCGCCGACGUCGCCCCUCCUGUUCCAGCUCCAAGCACGCCGAGCGCUUCACAGCUCCCCACGUUCACUUCCUCUGCGAACAGCCCCGAUAGCAGCGAGACUGCCCUUCAAGACCACACUGCGGCCCAUAUCGACCAAGCCGUUACCCACACAUCGCGGCCCCGCCGUUCGUUUCCUCUACCGCCUGUUCGCCUGGACCGGCAUCUUCAUUGUUGUCUCCGGAACACUCGUCGUAGCCUUCUUCCUCUACGAUGCCUCGACCUACCGUGAGGAGGUCAGCCAGGAAGAUACUAUUGUCUCCGAAGCAGCAUUAUCGCCGAGAAGAGGAGGACCCAAGAACCUGCCUAUAGCGGAGGUACACAUCGACGAUGAGGACAGCCCAGAGCUGCGCGAGCAGAAGGACAAGCCCAAACUCGUGAUAUUGGGUACGGGAUGGGGCAGUGUGGCCAUGUUGAAGGAGCUGCGGCCCGGCGAUUACCAUGUCACUGUGGUGAGCCCGGAGAACUACUUCUUGUUCACGCCUAUGCUGCCCUCCGCUACGGUGGGUACGCUCGAACUACGAUCACUGGUCGAACCGAUACGCAGGAUCGUCAAAAAGCUACGCGGACAUUUCCUGCGAGCCAAGGCUAUUGACGUCGACUUCAGCCACAAGCUCGUCGAGAUCCAGUCCAUAGAUCACAAUGGCAACGACCAGAACUUCUACCUGCCAUAUGACAAACUCAUUGUCGGUGUUGGUUCUACCACCAACGCUCACGGCGUCAAGGGUCUCGAGAACUGCAACUUCCUAAAGACCGUUGAGGACGCCCGCAUGAUCCGUGCCAAAGUCCUGCGCAACCUCGAGCAGGCAUGCCUCCCCACCACAAACGACGAGGACCGCCGUCGUCUGCUUUCCUUCGUAAUCAGCGGUGGCGGACCCACCGGCGUCGAAUUCGCGGCCGAACUAUACGAUAUGCUCAACGAGGAUCUGCUCAACUCCUUCCCGAAGAUUCUCCGCAACGAGGUCUCUGUCCACGUCAUUCAAUCCCGCGGUCACAUCCUCAACACCUAUGACGAAGCCUUAUCCGUCUACGCCGAGAAGAAAUUCGAGCACGACAAUGUCGAAGUCCUGACCAACGCCCGAGUCAAAGAAGUCACGCCUGAUCGUAUCAUCUUCAGCCAACUCGACCCCGAGACCAAAAAGCCCGUCACGCGCGAACUCCCUAUGGGCUUCUGUCUAUGGAGCACUGGCGUCGCGCAGACCGAGCUCUGCAAGACCAUCGCGAAGACCCUCGGCCCAGAAUUCCAGAACAACAAGCACGCCCUCGAGACCGACAGCCAUCUGCGCGUUAUUGGCGCGCCGCUAGGCGACGUCUACGCGAUCGGUGACUGCUCGACUGUGCAGAACAAUGUCGCAGACCACAUCACCACCUUCCUCCGCGGCAUCGCUUGGGAGAAAGGCAAAGACCCUAAGGAAAUCCACAUGACCUUCCAGGACUGGCGCGGGAUUGCUUCGUCCGUGAAGAAGCGCUUUCCCCAGGCCGCAGGUCACCUGAAACGCCUCGAUAAGCUCUUCAGCCAGUACGACAAGGACCAGUCCGGCACGCUCGAUUUCGGCGAGCUUCACGAAUUGCUGACGCAAAUCGACAGCAAACUCACCUCUUUACCAGCCACGGCCCAGCGUGCCAAUCAGCAGGGACUGUACUUGGGACGGAAGUUCAACAAGAUUGCCGCCGCGGUGCCAGGGUUCCGGGCGAACGAGGUUGAUUUCGGGGAUCUGGACGAGGCAACGUACAAAGCGUUUCAAUACCACCACAUGGGCAGCUUGGCGUAUGUGGGGAACGCAGCAAUCUUUGAUUUUGGCGGGUUGAAUUUCAGCGGUGGGCUGAUGGCGGUGUAUUUGUGGAGGAGCAUAUAUUUCGCGCAGAGUGUGAGUUUGCGGACGAGGUUCUUGAUGGCGUUGGAUUGGAGCAAGCGGGCGCUGUUUGGGAGAGAUCUUAUGUCCUUCUGA